UCCGACCCCGCUGGAAUGAGGGGUCCCCCGGAUCGCCGCUGCGAGGUGUGGGGGGGUGCCCGCGCCCAUGGCGGGGGGCCAGAAGCGGAGAUCCCUGUUCUGCGGAGGGGUGCGGGAGGCAGGAGGUGCCGCCGCCCAGCCUGGCCCGGCCUGGCCCGGUCCGCCCCGCCCGGGGAUACGUGUCACCGGCCCCGGCGGCGGGCCCGCUGCCGGCGGGGCGUCCUACCCACGUGGCGGGGCUUUGCCAUGGAAGGGCGUUCCUUCCCAGGCCGCCAAUCGGCGCGCCGGUUGCUCUUCGCACGGGCCAAUCAGCGCCCAGGGAACGCACAUUUAAACCCUUUUCCCGGGAGCUGCGGCCACCUCCGUGUGACAGGGAGAGGGCAGGGUGCGGCUUCGCGCACCAAUCAGGAGCGCGGGAGCGGUUACGGGCACGCGGCUCCGCCAAUGGGGAUGCGGAGGGGAGCGUGGCGUCUCCCUGCGGAGCGGUUGCUGUCGGAGGGGGAGCUCCUCAGGGACCGCCGGGGCGGCCCGGCCGUGGGGGGCUGCUGGGCGCCGGGCCCCGCCGCCGCGGCCAUGGCGAAAGGGAAGAACAUGCCCAAGGCCAGGGCGGGCGGCGCGGAGGAGGCGAGACCCGAGAGCGCCGAGAGGAAGGGGCCCGGCCGCCCCCGGGCCAGCGGGGAGAAUGUGUUUAUUGGUCAAUCCAAAAUCUGCAGCUACCUGAAUCCUAACAAAACUCCUGGUGCUCGCCCCCCGCUUCAAGAAGAAAACUCUGUCAUGUAUCACGAGGUGAAAUGUCAGGGCAAAACACUAAACGAAACCUACAGGAAAGGAGAUGAAAAAAAGAAUGGUGGCAGUAUAGUUGAAGGUGCUAUGAAACCAGAAGACCAGAAAGAUAAAGAAGGUGGGUGCAAUACCUCAGUGCCCUCCUCUGAUCAAAACCAAGAAACUGUAGAAACUCCGAAGACGCCCCUGCCCUCGGAUGUUGCUGAUGAGGCCAAUGCAAAGCCAGCUCAGAAAAAGAUGGUUAAAGCAAAACGUGGACCACGGAGAAAAACGCAAGGAAGAACACCAAAUCGAAAAGUGACAGAUUAUUACCCAGUUAGAAGAAGUUCCAGGAAGAGCAAAUCUGAGUUGGAGACUGAGGAGAGGAGGAAAAUAGAUGAGCUGAUUACUAGUGGGAAAGAAGAAGGAAUGAAGAUUGAUUACAUUGAUGGCAAAGGAAGAGGAGUAAUUGCUACUAAACAUUUUAGUCGAGGAGAAUUUGUAGUUGAAUAUCAUGGAGAUCUCAUAGAGAUCACUGAUGCUAAAAAGCGAGAAGCUGUGUAUGCUCAAGAUCCAUCCACAGGCUGCUAUAUGUACUAUUUUCAGUACCUCAGCAAAACGUACUGUGUUGAUGCUACAAAAGAAACUAAUCGUCUGGGAAGACUGAUUAAUCACAGCAAAUGCGGCAAUUGUCAAACAAAGCUUCAUGACAUUGAUGGUGUGCCUCAUCUCAUACUGAUAGCUUCCAGAGACAUCAAAGCAGGUGAAGAACUGUUGUACGACUAUGGAGACAGAAGCAAAGCUUCCAUUGAAGCUCACCCAUGGCUAAAACACUAAUUCAUCUUCUUUCUUUGUUUUUUUUUUGUUUUUCUUUUUUUUUUUUUUUUUUUUUGACCGAGUGCUCUGCAAGGGGUCAGUGGAUUUCCCCCCCCACUGUCCUCACUUCCAUCAGCUUUCUUAGUGGACUGCUUAUGGUGUUCUGAGCUUCUUAAAAACUACCUUUUUGCUUUGCAGUAUUGAAAUACCUAUUACAGUUUUCCGGGCAGGCUUGAAUAACUGAUCUUAGAUUGCCAAAACUUUUAUAUCAUAAAAGGAAACCCUCCCUAAAAUUUGAAUGGUUCUGUAUAGUGAACAGUGCCACUUGAGCAUGCAGUCAAAGACUGGCAGAGAAACGUAAUCACUUGGGUAGUGCUUCUGCUUUUGCAAUGAAAUCUCACGCUCCACUUUUUGGGGUGAUGAACUUGGCAUUAGCUUUAUGACAGCAGAUGUACUUCUGUACUCUGACUUGGGCAUCCAAUGGCUUGACUGCUUGUCAGACUGCUUUCUACAACCCAGUGCUGAUGGGCUUCUCUGAGAUGGAUACUACUAUCAUUCUCAAAUAAUUUGUGGUAGGGAUCCAGUUUUUUUCCAGUGUUAUCUCAUGUUGGCAAUGAACUUUAAAUGUACUGGUGCUGAGGGAAAUAGAUGGUCACAUUGGCUGCUUUCUUCAGAGAAAUGACUCCAAGCCCAGUGAGGAUGGAUUUUGAUAGGCUGGGUUGAUACUGAUUAGAAAUGUGAAGAUAGAACUUCACAGUGAGAAUCAAUGUUUGACAUUAUUUCCUAGAAUUUAAGAAGGUACCUUUUUAUAGUUGAUGGCUGAUUCUUGGAGGUCUCCCAGAGGAUUUUUAAGAAGUAAAAAGAAAAGCGCUCUCCAAAAAUUUUUUUAUUACCUUCCUAUGCUAAUUAGCCACGUCAGAAGCUAUUUAUUUACUGUGAAUGCUUGAAGUAGAGCAUAGCGAUUCCAAAAAUAGGAGUAAUCUUCAUAUGCAGCUUCAAACUGUAAUGAUGGAGUUCAUGCAAUGAAGAAAGUAGAUUCCUUAUUGCCUGGUCCUGUAGGUCUGUCCAGCACGGUCUGGUCCCACUGUCUGAAAUGGGAGUUGAGUGCUUAGCAUCUUGUGGAUGUUUAUAACGUUACUGUGGGGGAACCAAAAUCUGUGAUAUAGGCGGGCAAUACAAUGCAGGUCCUUUAUGUUAAAGAUGAAUUCUUACCAGUUGGAAUUUUUGCCAAGGCAGGCUUGGCAUGUGUGUAGAUGAAAAUGGCUGUGAGCCAUCAGCCACGCUUGCUGCUGGAAGAUGUCAGCAAGGGAUCUGUGGCUCUGUUAAUGUCUUCUAUUCCUCAUGUCUUGAAGGCUGCUGCUGUUUCAGCUAAUGCCAUCUAGGACAAUCUUAUAUGCUUGCCUAUGUGAUAGGUCAGAUAGCAACAACAUCCUGGUUGUGCGUUCCAGCAGCAAGAGAGGUGGCUUAGUGAUGUAUUUUUUAAAUUAAAAACUUGAAGACAAUGUCUCUGUAAAAUAAAGAAUAUAUUUAUUAUUGAUGAAGUGGCUGCUAUAGUACCUGUCUCCAUUGCAGAUCAUUAGCAUUUUGAAAGAAAGCUGUGAAAAUCAUUAGCCAUCAAAUGCUUUAUAUUAUUUACCACUUAACACAAGGCAAGCUCAUCAGAGAAAGCCUGUGUAUUUUCAUCAUUUCUGAAGAAUUAACUGGAGACCUGUUACCUUACAUGUACUGAGUUACAGGUAAGCUUUGUUGGCCGACUUAAAUUUGAGUUGGCAUUGAUUAUUUUUUUUCCUCCGGUCUCAGUAACAGAGACUACAGCAGUGUGUACAGUAUCCUGUUUUAAUAGAGCACUUCCCUUAAGUCAAAGUUGGAAUAAAAUGUUUCCCUUGUGUGUUUUUUUAAUUUAAACAGUUGCCUGUUCUCUAUCAGGUUAAACAGCUUAAAACCUCUGUUCUUCAGCAUCACUUUUGUAAACAAGAAAGUGGGAAGAUCUCUCCCUAUUUUGCAUAGAAAGAAAAUUGUCUUCUCUGAAAUGCUUAACUGGUAAUCAAGUAGCACUGCAUCGGAAGACGGUAAUAAAGCUGAUGUUGCACUGUG